GGGCACCUCGGAGGCCCGGCAGGCCCAGCCCAGGCGCAGCUGGAAGGAGCCGUUGUCCAGCACCAAGGGAGCCGGAGUAGGCACGCGCACGGCCGGGCUUGGCUCCAGCGCCGGGUCCGGAUCCCAGCGGACGUCGCGGAAGGGGAACACCCCUCCGGCCUCCUCCAUCGCCCGCCCGGCACGCGUACGGAGGGAGCGAGGUGGGGGGACGCCGCUCCGUAGGACCUGCCUCGGCUGCUUCCGUUCCCUCCGCCGGCUGGAAACCAGAGCGGCGUUUUCGAGGUUCCGCUCUUCAGACUGGCCCCCCAUAACGAAAAGCGGGGUUUCCUCGCUCCGUCGCUCAAACAUACACACGCAUUUGGAGUAUUUAUACCGUGAAACACGUUUCUUAGCAUUCAAGGUGCCGCAGCACUUGCAGUUUACACGCUGCUCCGGUUUCUUGGACUGGUUGGGAGUUUUCCUGGAAGGUUUUCCCCGCGGAGGCGAGAUGGAAUUAGGCUGAGCUCCAACCCUGUGUUCUUGUAUGGCCACAUCAACGCCAUACAAAUUUAAAGCAUGGAAGACCCUCACAGCUUCCCUCCCACCCUUCACGUUCCUUUCUUUUUAAAUUAUUUUUCUUUUGUAUGAAUGCCAUGUCCAUCUGUCUUUGGGAAUGCAACCCCCAUCAGUCCUGUCCAUUGGUCACACUGGUUAGGGAUGGUGGGAAUUGUAGCCCAAAGGUUGGCACGCCUGGCAUGUUGUUGAAAACCGUUUAUCUGACCCCUUGCCCUGCUCCUGAUUUAUGUCACUUCUGCACCAUGCAUUUAAAGGAGUAGUAUCAUACCAAUUUAAACAGGAAUCCUGGGAGUUGUAAUUUAUUAAGGAUGCUUAGGGUUGUUAGGAAGCAACUCUGUUCCCCUCAGAGGACUAUGAUUCUCAGAAUGAAGAUAAUUAGCCGUUUUCACCUCUGCACAGGGAUAUUGUAAUGGCAGGGAAAGCUUGCAGGUUCCUCACUGACAGCUGUUUUUGAGACCCAGUAUGCAGCUGCCCCCAACCCCCCAUCAACCAGUGAAAUACACCAGGCUGCAUUUUUGGGCUAUAUGCUUUUAUGCUCUCCACCUGCAAAACAGGCCUAAUACUACUUUACAGUGCCCCACAGUAUUGGAAAACAUUACAUGUGAGAUGAGAUAUAACUUAGAAAAAAGUAGGACUAUUUGGUGAUAACUGUAAAAAGAGAACACAAUAUAAUUAUUUUGGGGGCCAUUGGUGGGCCUAAUAAAGGAAUUUGAGGAGCUCUGUUAUUUUCCCAUUAGUUUGUUGUUUCUAAUUACAAGUGCAGGAGGUCUCAUUAUACCAGGUGUGCUGCAGGUUCUCCAAUUAACCUCCAUAUAAUCUUUGUGUUCCUCCCUUAAGGGGAUUGCAGCCUUCUUUUAAAAUCAGUGGUGUUGGAAUGACAGCAUAGUUGCUUUGUGAGUCAUGUUGUGACGUAAUAACAGAGUGUAGUUAUCUUAAGGUGCUUAGUGCAGCACAGCAAGUAUUAGUAAAACAUGUGCACAGUCAGCUGAGGUGGAUUUUGGAGCAGAAAUGAAGUACCCUCUGGUCCCUUUAAUUAAUGACCUAACAUUUCCUGUCCUUUUCUUUUGGUUUUGUUUGCCUUUUGGAAUAUUAUUGAUUCUUUUCAUUUUCUGGCUUCAACAUCUACUUAAUGAUGGUAAGUCUUGCUGUGAGACAGCUAAGAUGUGCUUGUGUAUUAAGGCUUUAGGUAUUAGCUUUCCUUUUAAAGCAUUGUGUUGCAAAACUAUUUUUAGCUUAAUGCUGAUCUUGUGUGUCAGGCAUUUAGGUAGUUUCAAAAAAAAAAAAGACAUGGAGAAUUUAGUUUUUGACAACAUUGUUUUAAAUAACUGGUUUUUUUAUUCCAGUCUAAAAAGAAACUUUGUAUCAGGAAGGUUUGUUAACGAUUGUGGUAUACCCAAAUAAGCCUUGUAAUUUGGUUGAAACCUGUACUGUACAGUACUUGCACACCUCACGAUUGUUGGUAUGAAAGAGAACAUAUAUAGUGGCUGAAAAGGGAGAGUUGAUGCAACUGAGAAAUUUCUUGUUUGAAUUCCUUUGGCUUGUUCUGCCUUGUCUAUUUUUAUAUUUUAUUAUUUCACUUCACAUACACAAUACUUGCUUAUGUUUUCAAAUAACAAACAUUGCUACUGCAACUUGCAAGUUCAAAAAUCUCAAACUGGAGAGAAUAGGAGUUGACUGCAGGCAAGUCAUAAUCAUUCUUGAGAUACUCUGCUGUGAAAGGGCUAGCUUCAAACUAUUUUUACCUCUAGUGUGUACUGUUUGUCAAUGGCAGACUCACUAGUACUGAAAAAGGAAUGGGUGCUUAGCCUAGUCAUUUGUCUUUUGGCCAAGUUUGAAGGCAUAGUGCACCUCUUAACUAGCCUGUGACAGAUAAAAAAUUAACAGGCUUGACAAUCCUAAUGGGAACAGAAGCUGCUUUGCUUUGUAAUUUGGAAACAGAGGCACUAGAAAAGCUUUAGAAUAUUUCUUUCUUUCUCCAUAACUGUUCAUUGUUGAACUGCUAUUUUAAUAGAAAUAUCUAGAGCUCAUUUGGAUAAGAAUGCUUUAUUAUCUCAUGUUUCAACUUCAGUUUUGCUUUCUGUUCGAUGUAUUUUUAAUAACUUGUGUCUUGGCAUUCUUGAGAUUGCAACACCUAUAGUGCAAGUACAGUAGGUACGGGGGGCAGCCUAGCUCGUUUCACCACCUGAGGCAAAUAGGGAAGGUGCCACCCUUGCGCUGAACCCUUGCUUACUGGGGUUGUGUGGUGGCACCUGCUGGCGCAAUCUCACAGAACUCUUCCAAGAGCUUGCUGGAAACUGUCACUGUGUGACUCUGGUAACUGCAGCAGGGGCACCGCCCUGCAGGAUCCCACCACUUGAGGCAGGCUGCUUCACUCUGCCUCAUGGGUGGGUUGGCCCUGAGUAGGUAUCUCUUCAGUGUUUUGCAGCUUGUAAAAUUUUAAUAUGAAAGGAGAGGGUUUCACAGUCUGUUGCCUUUAAAUCCAUCCUAGAUGUUUCCUUUCUAUUAUGGUGAGGGAUUCACCACUUUAUUGUCCUGUUAAUACAGAUUUCUUGAGGCAGAAACCAAAAACUCUUGGGAUCCCAUGGUUAGAUGCUCUGGGGCAAAGGCUACUAAAAUGGUACUUUUCUAGUCAAACCAUGCCCAGUGAAAGCACACUUGAAUGCCUACUAGUUACUAAGUCUGUAAGUAAAUCCCGUUAUGUUUGCUCUGAUACAGUGGUAUGUUGGGGGCCAGGAGUCACUGUAGCACAAUUAUCACUUUGGAGUGGAACUGCUGCUGUUACAACAAAACUGCUUUUUGCAGCAUACUAUGUUAAAAGAUGUCCACUCAAACAUGCCACAGCUUCCCCCCCCCAAAAAAAAUAUAUUGGCGCAUACCAUCAAACAUCUAUAGAAUUUAUUUAUGCACAAGUGACUAAAAGAUACAAUCGUAUUUGGGAGUAAACUCUGAGACGCUAGGACUUAAUUUUGUUCGUAUCCAUGUGUGUGGCUAUGCACAAAGCUUUUUUCCAAUUAUAGGAAUUGGAGUGACAUUGCUGAAGUACAGUAAGUCAGCAGCAUUUCCACUUGAAUAAUGGUGAACACUUCUGUUUUUGCCAGUGUAAUAGGCAGGUUCACUUACAUCACUGGGUUUAUUAAUGGGUGAAGAUCCAUUUUGUUUGCAGCAAGGCUUGCACUUAAUGGUGAAAAAUGAUGUUAAACUGUCACUUGCCUUCUCCAAAGCACCACAUUUGAUAAUGAGAAAAUUCAUUUUUGUUAGGAGUUGGGAGUGUGAGUAUGCUACUUUCCAUAAACUAUUCUAUGGAUUUUGCAGUUGUUCUCGUCCUGAGAGUAUGAUCAGUUUUGAAAGCAGUUUGUCACUGGAGUGGGACCAAGUCUUCAUUUGUGCCUGGGUAAAGGUGUAAUAUUGAUACUGCAGAGGCAAUUUAGCCCUUGACUUUCCUGAAUGGCUAUCUAAAGGAGAGCAUAUUCCUGUUACUACAAAGCUGGUGCAUUUCUGAACACUUAAACAAAAACAGUUUUGUUCAAUGUACUUUCAUAGCACAGCUGAUGCAGUUUUUCUAAUCCGACUAAAAUUACCUACCACGUUACUGAAGCUAAACUUUUGUUUUCAGCCCAAGUUUCCAUCACUAAAGAGAUAAAGAUGCCACCCUCUGAUAAUUCUGAUGGGAAUGCUGACCUCGAAUCAGAAAAUGAGUCUAGAGGAAAUAACAGUCAAGGCAAGAUGCACAGAAGAGCCUCAACAAGUGACAUUAGGACAACUCUACCUGUGAAAAAAAUGAAACCCAAGCCUGCCUAUUUGAGUUCAAAAGAGGCUGUCCAGAUAAAAGGGCUUUCUGCCUUUAUUUCAGACAGAUUGGACCAUAAUGUAAAACAGUAUUGCUUGGACAAAAGUUCAUUGUAUAACACAGUAAUGGUAAGUUGUACUCCUUUUUUUCAGAUGAGCACAAAAAGGUUUUUCCCUCUCUGUCUACUUCUCAAAGCAGAUUUCUGUAGGCAAGAUGGAAAGGACCGAGUUUGUACCAAAUUAAUCAUUCCCAGGUCGUGGAAUAAUAGGUUUGGGAUUAGAAUUCUAAAUCCUUGUGAGGUUUGCAUCUUAGAUAAUGACCUACAAUCCUGAAGAAGCAAUGGGUAGCACACGACCACAGGUUUUCACAUUUUUUUCCUGUGCUAUUUCACAAAACUGCUUCCUAAAAUUUCCUUCAAUAGAAUAAGCUUUUGUACAAGUGCUAGCAGCUCACAAUGAUGAACACACCUUUUGGUGAAACAGAGCAUAUGAAGUGUGCACAUCUUGGUGUUCUGAUAGCUGUGUUAAGAUCUGGAUCAGUCUUGUGAAAUGCUUGUUGCUUUCCUGUUUUGAGUGUUUGCUUUUUUUGGGUGGGGUGGGUGAUCAAAGCUAGCUAGCUAAAAGGAAUUAUAAACUCCUUUUGAGAUAAAUAAGAGUUACAGAAAUCCACAAGUCACAGUAAUAGAAGCCAGUUGGUUGAGCAGUGAACACUGGUGCAGUGGGGGCAGGAGACACAUGGAAAGACAAUUUGUUGGGACUGCAGCCUAAAAUAUGUGAUUCCCUUAUCUGUUUGCUUCAGCAUUACAGAAUAAUUGCUUUAGAUACUAUUAAUGCAUUUCUAGGCUGCAAUCCUAUAUCCAUUACACUGUAAGUGAGCCCUAACCCGCUAAAGGGAUUUACUUCUGAGUAAGGUAAAAGGUAAAGGACCCCUGGACGGUUAAGUCCAGUCAAAGGCGACUAUGGGGUUGCGGCGCUCAUCUUGCUUUCAGGCCGAGGGAGCCGGCAUUUGUCCACAGAGUUUCCGGGUCAUGUGGCCAGCAUGACUAAACCACUACUAGCACACAGAGGACUGUGACGAGUGCCAGAGCGCACUGAAACGCCGUUUACCUUCUCGCCGCAGCAGUACCUAUUUAUCUACUUGCACUGGCAUGCUUUCAAACUGCUGGGUUGGCACGGACGCCGGUGGUGCUGUGGUCUAAACCACUGAGCCUCUUGUGCUUGCUGAUCGGAAGGUCGGCAAUUCGAAUCCCCGUGAUGGGGUGAGCUCCAGUUGCACUGUCCCAGCUCCUGCGGACUAUGCUACUGAUUUGUUCUAAAGAUCUCAAGUCAAAGGGGGCGUAGUUGAUUCUCCAGUCAUAUUUUCACAGCAGGUUGGUUAGCCUUAGGAAGAGAGCCAAAAACUAGCCAUGAUGGGACCAGCCAUAUUUCUAUAUGAAGGUAGCCAUAAGAAUGACAAAAUGUGUGUUUGAAAAUAUGGUCUAAGGUGCACACGUGUAAAGGAAGCUGAACGCUUCUACUUUAUUUGUUUAUUUAAAAUAAUUAUAUACUGCUGUAUCAUAAAAAUAUAUCACAGCAAUUUACAAUAUAAAAACAUAAAACCAAUCAAAAACAUCAUUCAAAGUUAAAAACAAGUUAAAAGCAAAGAGAAAUUAAAAACAAACAUCAGUAGACCAUUGUAGGGAAUGUGCUCUUAAUUACCUGCAUAAACCUGGCAGAAUAGAAAAGUUUUCAGCAGACAUUUAAAAGUUGGUACAGAAGGCGCCUGCUGAAUAUCUGUCGGCAGGGUGUUCUGCAGGACUGGGCCAAUGACACUAAAGGCUUGAUUUCUUGUAUUUUUGGUGCUCUUGUCACGAGCCUUUGUCAGAGCCUCAAGAUCAAAAAAGGCCACCGCCUAACAGUCUGCAAAGUGAAAAGGAUAGCAGAGAAGAUCAGAUGCGGGUGUAGAGAAUUCUGAGUUGGGGUGGGUGGGCAGAAGGUGCUGUAUAUUACCAGGCCCUGAAGAUUCAAGGCAGGUCAAAAUUCACACAUUUGAGAAAACCUUUUAAAGGAGGGUAAUUGUGGCCUUGUAGGUUAUACAGGGCCUGGUUUUGAUACCUUUAUUCAGUGCAUAGUGGUACCUCGUGUUACAGACAAGAUCCGUUCCAGAGGCCCGUCCGUAACGUGAAAUGCCUGCAACUUGAAGUGCUGCAUCUGCGCAGGCAUGUGGCGUGAUUUGGCGCUUCUGCGCAAGCGCAAAGCAUGAUUGUGCGCAUGCAGUGCAACCCGGAAAUAACCCGUUCCAGUAUUUCCGGGUUGCCACAGGACAUAACGCAAAAAGACGCAACACAAGGUAUGACUGUAUGUAUAUAUAUGUGUGUAUGUGUAUAUAUAUGUGUGUGUGUGUGUGUGUGUGUGUGUGUGUGUGUGUGUAUAGAGAGAGAGAGAGAGAGAGCGCACUGUACAGCAGGCCUGCAACAAUAGCAGCAGCAGCAAAGGAAACUGCCAAAAUCAGUGCUUUAAUUUUUUCCUUGUACAGUGGUACCUCAGGUUACAGAUGCUUCAGGUUACAGAUGCUUCAGGUUACAGACUCCGCUAACGCAGAAAUAGUACCUCGGGUUAAGAACUUUGCUUCAGGAUGAGAACAGAAAUCGUGCGGUGGCAGCAGAAGGCCCCAUUAGCUAAAGUGGUACCUCAGCUUAAGAGCAGUUUCAUGUUAAGAACGGACCUCCAGAACGAAUUAAGUUCUUAACCCGAGGUACCACUGUAUUGCCUCUUGAGCCUUAUUUAGGCCUUGGGUGGUUGUUGACAGUUUAACAGGUGUAUUAAAUAGGUUUCUAUCUAGUUCUCUGGCAAGGCUUUAAACCCAGCAGGGAUUUAAAGAGAGGUGGGUCCAGAUGCUGAUUUUAUUUACAGGGACAGUACCAAGUUAAUUCAUUAUGUCUGAAUGCAUCCUCAGCAUAAUUGCAUGGGGGAAAUGGCCAUUAUUGUUGCAGUCUUCAUUGUUUUGUGCAAUGGUGAUCUUGUUAACUGCCUGAGCAGAUGCGAAAGAUGACUUCUUCCUCUGUUCUUUCUUAGCUGAUCUGCACUCUGCUGGUCUCUCUCCUCUUCAACCUUCUCUGCCAGUUGCUUGAGGUCUCAAAUGUUCUACGAAUCCAGCUGCUGCCUUCAUCUCUGGCUGUCCGUGUAUAUCAGCUCUUUGCCUGGGUGACCCAAAAGCUUGCGAAAAUAAUGAUUUCCUUGAAACAAGAAAUUUCUGCUCGAUCAGCUUUUUUCUUGGGGAAGAGAGAGAAAAGAACUUUUGGGGCUAAAGCGUAAUGCUUUGUACAGGGCAGGAUUAAAAUACAGUGACUCAACAAAUUUUGUGUAGUGUAUAUUUGUAGGAAUCACUUUUCUGGCAAGGAAACACUAGAAUGCGCUUCAUCGCUCAGAUUAUUAGAUUAUUUUUUCAGCAAGGAGUAGAUGGCGGGUGGGGGAAAGAGUGGUAUGCCUUUUCAGUAUUUCCAUUCAACAAUGAGAACCAAAACACAAACUAUUAUUUGCUUAUCUUGAAAUAGCAACCCUUCUUCUAGAAAAGAACAAUGAGGCUCUGAUGUGCACAUAUUAAACAUACAGUGGUGCCUCGCAAGACGAAAUUAAUUCGUUCCGCGAAUUUUUUCGUCUAGCGAAUUUUUCGUCUUGCGAAGCACGAAAUCCCAUAGGAAUGCAUUGAAAAUCAAUUAAUGCGUUCCUAUGGUCAAAAAAAGUCCAAACAAAGCCAAAUUUGGUACAACAAGAGUUUAUUAAGUGCUCUUUAAAGUCACACAUACUGUAAAGAGCAUUUCAAAAUUCAAACCCAGAAUUUUUUU